UGCUUUAUGUCUAAAGGUGGGUUUAAUGUCAACGCACACAAUGGAUGGGGAUCAAGGGAAUGACUAUAAUGACAAUGUUGAUGAGCCCAAUGAAAGUUUAAUGGAGAUUGACCCAAUAGUGCAUAUGUGUUUUGACUCAAUGGUUGAAGCAAAAACUUUUUACACAAACUACGCCAUUAGACGUGGGUUUGCCGUGCGGACUAGAACUUCUAAAAAAGAUAAAGACAACAACGUCUACUACCUCAGAAUAGUUUGUUCAAGGGAGGGAAAAUAUGUGUCUUCGGUCAAACCAGUGGUAAAAACACUUCCAAGUCAAAUUAACCAAUGUCCUGCUGGGAUAACCAUUGCAAAGAAGGAGGACAAGUGGUUUAUAAGGACCGUUGUUCUGGACCACAACCAUGAUCUUUGUCCAAAUAACUCCAAACUAUUUGCAGCCAAUAGAAAGUUAAGCAUGCAUGCAAAACACACGUUGCAGGUCAACCACGAUGCUGGAGUUAGGUUAAAUAAGAGUUUCCUUAGCAUUGUGAACGAUGCGGGGGGAUAUGAAAACAUGGACUUUGUGGAGCGGGACGCUCGAAACUACAUUGGCCAACACAGAAGAUCUUUAUGUAAGGAUGGUGAUGGUCAGGCACUCCUACGACACUUUUCGUCAAUGAAAGAUAGAAAUAACGAGUUCUUCUAUGACAUUGCUCUGGAUGAAGGGAAUAAAAUCUGUAGUGUGUUUUGGGCUGAUGCAAGAAGUCGUGCUGCAUGUGAAGAAUUCGGUGAUGUUGUUUCCUUUGACACCACUUACUUAACAAAUAAGUACGACAUGCCAUUUGCGCCUUUUGUUGGAGUUAACCAUCAUGGACACUCGAUUUUACUUGGCUGUGGAUUGUUGUCUUCAGAAGACACUGUCUCAUUUGUCUGGUUGUUCCAAUGUUGGCUAAGAUGCAUGCGUAAUAAGACUCCUCAAGGUAUUAUUACUGACCAAUGCAGAGCAAUGACCAACGCUAUUGAACAAGUGUUUCCUCAUACGAGGCACAGGUGGUGUUUAUGGCACAUCCUUAAGAAGUUGCCUGAAAAAUUGCACGGGUAUAGAAAUAAUCCCGUUAUCAAAACCGAACUACAUGCGCUUAUAUAUGAUUGUGUUUGUCCAACAGAAUUUGAAAAUGGUUGGAAGGAACUACUUACCAAACAUGGAUUGGAGGAAAAUGAAUGGCUAUGUAAUUUGUACGAAGAGAGACAUAAAUGGGUCCCGUGUUACUUGAAAAAAGAUUUUUGGGCAGGCAUGUCUACGACUCAGAGAAGUGAGGGAAUGAAUGCCUUUUUUGAUGGAUUUAUCAAUUCUACAACAACACUUCAACAGUUUGUGGUCCAAUACGACAAUGCACUUAGGGUAAAGGCGCAGAAGGAAAUAGAAGCCGACUUCUCCUCCAUGAACACCACUAUUGCAUGUGGUUCUCAGUCACCAAUUGAGAGACAAUUUCAAGUGGAAUACACACAUGCAAAGUUUGAGGAGGUCCAAACAGAAUUCCGUUCAAGGAUGAAUUGUUUCAUCAAAGACACCUUAAAGGAGGACUUGUGGAACACUUACACUGUAAAAGAGGAACGAAUGUGGGAGGGUAAUCGUGUACCGGAUAAAUUUUACAAAGUUCAAUUUGAUCCCAUCACACAGACAACCACUUGCUCUUGCCACCUCUUUGAGUUUAGAGGAAUUAUAUGUCGCCAUUCCCUGUUGGUAUUUGGCCAAGAAGAUGUUUACAGUGUUCCCUCACAAUACAUUUUGAGGCGCUGGAGCAAAAACAUUCGAAGAAGACACACACUAAUAACAGCAUCGUAUAGUAAUUCGACAAAUGAACCACGGAUGCAAAGAUACAAACUGUUGUGCAAACGUUUUUAUGAAAUUGCUGAAGUUGCAUGUGAGUCUGAGGAAGCUAGUACUGAAUUGGAAAAAGAACUUAAUUGUUUGGGUACAAAAUUUGGAUUCAGUUCUUCCAUGACAAAUAACAUCAUCAGUGAUGCAGGCCAACUAAGAUACGAUACUGGUGCAUGCACGUCAAUACCACUUACUCCAGUUGGAACAUCUGAUGUCCUUGUACACAGUCCUGCAACUGUUAAGCGAAAAGGACGUCCACGCACAAAUAGGUUGAAGUCCACUGUUGAGAAAAAAACCAAAAGAAGAAAGUCAACUUCAUUGACAAACACUUCAACACCACCCACCGAACAAUGCGGCGAAAGACCAAGUAAUGUUAUUGAAUGUGAUCACCGUGAACAAUUUGAAGCGGACACUAUCCAACUAUCACAAGAUACCGAAAUGGGUCAUUUUGGAUUUAUGUCGUUGUUGUCAGCUGUACAUAACAAUUUCGAUAACAACAUCAACUGAUAUAUACAACUUGUUUGCUGCUUAUUUUGUAACUUUUUUCUGUUUUUCAAAGUUAAAAUGGUCUUCCAUGAAAUUCCUUUAAUGAAUGUAUGUGAUGCAUAUGACCACACCAGUAUUUGAUGUUGUAAUCGAUUACGAGGCUCUUGUAAUCGAUUACGAGGCCAUUGUAAUCGAUUACGAGGCUCUGGUAAUCGAUUACUGUGUUCAGUUAAUUAAACCAAAUUAUCCCACUGCAUAACGUGUAUAACUUGCAAUCGUGUUCAUAACCGCCCAAAACACAUCCUUCCUCAAAUUCGUUUCGAAAACCUCUCUUCUCUCAAUGCAAAACCCUAAACGAAAUACAAUGGCUGAUCGUGGAACGAAGAAACAAAAGGCAUCUUCUUCCGUUGGUGGACGUCGCCGUCGCCGGAGUCCAACCCCAUCACCAUCGUCAUCCCCUCCUCCGCCUACCAAUGAUCUCUUCUCGUCGGAUGAGCAACAGGAGAAAUAUGCCCAACAUUUCGUAAAUCGGGAAAUUUUGGAGAGUAAGUAUCUAGAGGACGAAUACUUUCAAGGAAAAAAUUUUCAAUUCUAUGACAUAUUACACGAAGCUGGGCUGACUGAAUUUGUGUGUUUAAGAAGACAUUACCACCCACAAUUAGUCAGAGUGUUCUAUAGCAACAUGUCAAUAUCGGAUACGGGGGUUAUUCGAAGCGAAGUUAGAGGGGUCAAAAUUAGGGUGAGCCGUAAUCUUUUUCAACAACU